AUGGCCAUCGUAGCCCGAGACAACGGCACGGAUACGGAUACCCCAGCCAGACAGCCACGAGCUGCUACCGCUGCUGCGCUCUCUGCGCACCCGGACGAGGACGAGGACGAGUGCCGAAAGCGACCGACCCCCGCUGCCCAAACAACGCACACGCCCCCAUCCGACCGUCCGCCCGCGUCCACCCAAGCAUCCAACGGGCCGCGUCGAGCCGGGGGCGGGGGCCCCGCCAGCGACGCGGGCAGGACAAAGCCUCGUAAACCGAGCGCGCGCACCACUCGCUCCACCUUCGAAACCUUUCCCGUGCUCCAACGCGCGCUCGUGCAGUGCGGGUGCGUGCUCUGCCUCCGCCUCUGCCUCUGCUCGUCCGUGGGCAUGGCCGCCACCUUCGCCGCCUCUCGCCUCCUCCUCCUGCUCAUCCGCGUCGUGGCCACCGCCUCCUUCGCGUUCGGGCUCGCCGGCCGCGCGCAGCUGGACCCGCAGCAGCUACUGGCGCUGCGCGCGCUCGGCCUCGGCGCGCACCGCGCCGGCGACCCCUGCGACGCGGACGGCGCCGUGGCCGCGUCCUGCGACGCGGGGGCGCCGUUCCGGCGCGUGACGUCGCUCGCCCUCACCAACUGCUCCGACACCACCUCCGUCUCCGCCGCGGCGCUCGAGGCGCUCGCGCCGUCGCUCCGCGCGCUCGCCUUCUCGGACUGCCCCGCCGCGCCGCCGCGGCUCCUCCCGCCGGAGCAGCUCGCCGUGGGUCUCCUGUCCUUCUCCUGCACCGCGUCUCUCGGCCGCCUCUCCGCGGUGUGGCUCUCCCGCCUCGCCAACCUCACCGAGCUCACCGUCGCGGACACCCCUCUCGCCACCGGCUCCCCGUCCGAGCUGGCCGUGGUCAUCUCCCACAUGGACCACCUCAACCGCCUCACCAUUUCCAACGCCAACCUAUCCGGCUUCCUCCCGCACCACUGGCACUGCCCCAACCUGACGCACCUCGACCUCUCCGGCAACCGCAUCGCCGGCGCCAUCCCCGACACCAUCACCCACCUUGGCGGCAUCACCCACCUGAACCUCAGCUCCAACGUUCUCAAAGGGCAGAUCCCCACACACAUCGGUGACCUCAUUUGGCUCACCACCGUGGACCUGUCCAACAACUCCCUCUCCGGCGGCAUCCCGGAGACCGUCUCCACGCUGCCCGAGCUGGAGGUGCUCAACCUGGGCUCCAACCGGCUCAACGGCAGCAUUCCGCCGUUCUUGUCCAAGAUGAGGGGCCUCAAGGAGCUCAACCUGGAGAACAACGACUUCGACGGCGUGGUGCCGUUCAGCGCCAGGUUCUUGUCGCGGCUGCGGGUGUUCAGGGCGGCCGGGAACGGCAAGCUGUGCUACAACAGGUCGGAGCUCUCCGCCGAGGUGGCCGUGGGGGUGGCGCCGUGCGACAAGUACGGGUUCCCGGUCACGGCUCCCCCGGCGACGGCGCAGUCGGAGAAGAGCACGGCGGACUACGACGACGGCGGCAGUGACGGCGACGCGGACGGCGACGCCGACGCUCGUGGCGGCCCCAGCGCAGUGGUUCUCGGGCUCGCCAUUGGUCUGUCCUGCUUGGCGUUCGUGGUCAUCUUGGUCGUCUGCCUCUGCAAGGUGUGCCGAUGAGAUGCCAUGCGGGAGCGUCUCGUGAACUUUUUGUUGCUUCUCUUGUGUUGACGAGGUUGGCUUACCACUGCACGUUGAAUAGUCGAAUCCGAAUUUUGCUGUCGCUGUGUGGUGUAACAGUGCAUGUUGCCCUCCUAAACCAGCAUAGAUCAACUGAUCAGUCGAAAAAAAUGGCGAAAAAUACUACGAAGAGCCGCAUUUGCAAAGCAGGGUAUUUGCUGGCCAAUGUCGUUGUUAUUAUUCAGUGUUGCCUUUGUCCCGUAAUCGCAUUGUUCUACUAA